AUGGCUGACCAGGCUGUCGCCCGCUUGGCCGGCAUCAAUGUCGGCGCACCGGCGCGUCCUUUGCCUAGUGCUGAUUUCGGCCUCAUCGGUCUGGCCGUUAUGGGCCAGAACCUGAUCCUCAACGCUGCGGAUCACGGUUUCACUGUCUGCGCGUACAACCGUACCACCUCCAAGGUUGACCGCUUCCUGGAGAACGAGGCUAAGGGCAAGCCCAUUGUUGGUGCCCACUCCGUUGAGGAGUUCUGCUCCAAGCUCAAGCGCCCCCGUCGUAUCAUGCUCCUUGUCAUGGCCGGCAAGCCCGUCGACACCUUCAUCGAGUCUCUCCUGCCCUUCCUUGAGAAGGGUGAUAUCAUCAUCGACGGUGGUAACUCCCACUUCCCCGACAGCAACCGCCGCACCCAGGAUCUCGCCCAGAAGGGCAUCCGCUUCGUCGGCAGCGGUGUCUCCGGUGGUGAGGAGGGUGCCCGUUACGGUCCCUCUCUCAUGCCCGGUGGUAACGAGGAGGCUUGGCCCUACAUCAAGGACGUCUUCCAGAGCAUCUCCGCCAAGAGCGACGGCGAGGCUUGCUGCGACUGGGUCGGUGACGAGGGUGCCGGCCACUUCGUCAAGAUGGUCCACAACGGUAUCGAGUACGGUGAUAUGCAGCUGAUCUGCGAGGCUUAUGACCUCCUCAAGCGUGGUCUCGGCUUGUCUGCUAACGAGAUCGCUUCCGUCUUCGAGAAGUGGAACACCGGUGUUCUGGACUCCUUCCUGAUCGAGAUCACCCGUGAUGUCCUCAAGUACAACGACAACGACGGUGUUCCCCUCGUUGAGAAGAUCCUCGACAAGGCCGGCCAGAAGGGUACCGGCAAGUGGACCGCCAUCAACGCCCUUGACCUGGGCAUGCCCGUCACCCUCAUCGGUGAGGCCGUGUUCUCUCGUUGCCUGAGUGCCCUCAAGGACGAGCGUAUCCGCGCCAGCAGCCUUCUCAGCGGCCCUACCCCCGAGUUCACCGGUGACAAGCAGGCUUUCAUCGAUGACCUGGAGCAGGCUCUGUAUGCUUCCAAGAUCAUCUCCUACGCCCAGGGCUUCAUGCUCAUCCAGGAGGCCGCCAAAGAGUACGGCUGGAAGCUCAACAAGCCCUCCAUCGCCCUCAUGUGGCGUGGUGGCUGCAUCAUCCGCUCCGUCUUCCUGAAGGACAUCACCAACGCCUACCGCACCAACCCCGACCUUGAGAACCUGCUCUUCGACGACUUCUUCAAGGCCGCCAUCAACAAGGCCCAGAGCGGCUGGAGAAACGUUGUCAGCAAGGCCGCUCUCUGGGGUAUCCCCAACCCUGCCUUCAGCACCGCCCUCAGCUUCUACGACGGAUACCGCACCCGGGACCUCCCCGCCAACCUGCUGCAGGCUCAGCGUGACUACUUCGGUGCUCACACCUUCCGCAUCAAGCCCGAGCACGCCAACGAGAACUACCCCGAGGGCAAGGACAUCCACGUUAACUGGACCGGCCGUGGUGGCGGCGGGCAGAUCCACGCCGCGACGACCUCCUCCAUCGCUCGCUCUUGCUGGCAUCCUCAGUCGGACCAUCGCCCACCCCUUUUACCUCCUCCAGAUCCAUGCCAGCCGCCCGAGUUGAAUCUCCCGCGUCUUGCCUUGCUUGGUUCGCACGGCGGAAUCGAUAAUUACUCUCUUCCGAGGGGUAAUUUUAUGGCAGACAGCAAGCGACACAGCGUAGGAGUAAGAGCGUCGUCACAAGGAACUUCAGGUGCUGCAGGUCAGGGAAUGGCUGGAACCAUGGUGCCUUUGGAGGCUGCAUUGAGCGGUGCAAUUGGCGCACGGGAUGCUAACCUUCUCUCUUCCGUGUCCGCCCAAAGUGUUCGCAUCAGCACCGCCGCACCCACCCCCUCUACGAUCGAAGGAACCCUCUUCACGGCCUGUCCUAUCACCAACCUGGUUGCCAUCAACACUGCCGACGGUAAGCAAACGCAGGGCGGCGAUUACCACAUCAUUCCCGUGUCGCGUAUACAAUCCUUCCAGCUUCUUUCCCUCGCUCCGUCGUCCGCCUCUUCCGAUGGACCGUCCUUCUCCGACGCCGUGCCCUCGGUCCAUGCGCUUGAUAUCCGCGCCCUGAAGGCUCGAGAGGCUACUGCUGUCAGCAAGUUACAGGAGAACGAGGCGCGCCGUGGUAAGGGCGUCACACGCGAAGCCCAGGACCUAUUCGAUGCAUUCAGUCGUACAAUGCCGGCCCGGUGGGACGGUCCUAAUAUCAUCGUAGCGGAUGCCGUUGCCAUUGCUCCCCCAUACCGCGUUGAUGACUGUCGACCGCUGGUGGCGGGUGACACGGCUGCUCUUGCUCGAGUGCGCAAGGUGCUUGAGAUGGAACGCAAGAAGAUCGAAUUACGGACUGCCAGCGCCACGAUCGGUGGCACCAAUACCUUCUCACGAAACUCUACUGCCGGCAACGCCAACCCAGCCUCAGGACCCGGUGCUACUGGACAAAGGAAGGGCGGUUGA